AUGUUCCGUUAUCCAGCUGGAUAUAUUCAGACAACAAAGCAAUUGAUUUUAUUCGUAUCAGUGGAGAAAGAAUUUUGGAAAUAUCUAGUAUUAGUAACAGUUAGACAUACAAUUAUGAGCCAGUUUAUUCGUCAUACUUCGUAUCAUAUCGGUUACCCAAAUUUAGUUGCGGGAACGUGUCCUAUUGUCAUAGCCGAACAUCAACAACGGGAGCAAUACGAAAGUUGUUCCUCCAAUUCCGCAUCUACUUUGCAUGCUUUUCAUCCUAUUGUACCUCGGCAACAAACAACAACUGUAAAAGACGUAGCAUGUCAGUGUGGUGGUGAAAUUGGUAGUGAUAGCGAUGAUAACGCUGGCAAUAGCGAUGCUUGUGGUUGCAACGCAAAUGGUGAUCUUUUCCAGCAAACCCAUCGUUAUCGUUACCUGUUAAAAUCGGCGCUUUACGCAAAAGGUAUGUGGAAAAAAAGACAUUUUCCGCAAACUGCUCUACGAUUGCAAUAUUGUGAUGGCUUCUUUAGUGAUGUUGGGAUAAAUUUGAGGAAAAGUGAAAAUGCACCAUUGUUUGCUGAUACUAUCUCUUCGCUGUCUUCCCUGACGCAAUCGACCGGACAGAAAACGUGCGAGUACCCAGUAUGUCGUAAUCAUGCUCCUGUGACUUCUGCUGGUACCAUUGAUACCACGCCAAUACCCGUUAUUGUUACUACGGCAGUAACCAGUGACACCAUUACUGAACAGCAUCAAUCAAAAAAUGCUUUUACGCCUACUGCCAGCGACAGUCCAACUAGGAAAAUGACAUUGGCAUCAUCUUGUGAUGUCACUGUUGUUCGGCUUCGACACUUAACAUUAUUACGUUCGGCUAGUGAUUCUAAGUUGUGCACUGGAACUGAGUCACAGCCAGAACUUGGACUUGCUGAUAUACAAUCAUAUGACGCACGUUGUAAGAGUGUUGAUGAAUUAAGUCGUAUAACUGCAGAUAUCGCUGCCGAGAAUCCGGAUAUGAUCCGUUUUCAACAAGUACUCAACUCAUGGAUUGGAACUCAUACGGGUGCACGAACAGCGGCAUUUUUGCUCAUUUCAAAAGAAUGUAAUUCUUGCUUUUGCCAGGGUAAUGCUGAUGUGUUAUGGUCACUGUUUAAUAGAGAUACGCCAUUGUUGAACAGUAAGGACGUGCCAUCUCUAUUAUAUACACGUCACGCUUCAAAUAUUUAUGUCGAUAUCGAUAUGCUCAGUAAGGAAUUUCGAGAAAAAAUAUAUGCCAUACUACAGAAUAGUAACAUUGGAGAAAAUUCGCCAAAAAGUUCCCUCAAUGGUACCAUCUUCUUGUUACAAGCACGGAGUAAUUUUAUUGCUGGCCUGCUAUUAAUACACCAAAAUGAAUGUACCGUGGAAUUAGAACGCACUUUCGUUAUGCCUCAUUUACAGUUCAUUGCUGCAUUACUCUCCAUUGUUGCCAAUAUUGAAGAGCAGAAGCGUUUAGCACAACAAUAUGAAGUGUUUCUUGCCAUGACGCAAAAUGUAUUCUCCAGCUUGCAAGAUAUGAACUUAUUGGUGAGAAAUAUAACAAAAGAAGCCAAAACUCUUGUGCACGCCGAAAUAUGCUCAUUGUUUCUCCUUGAUUGUGACAACUCCGAAUUGGUUGCGGAAGUAUUCGAAAAAAAUGGCUCAAAUGAUGAGUAUCUGACGGAAAUCAGAAUGCCAGUAUCGCUAGGCAUUGUCGGACAAGUUGCAAGCACUGGACAAAUGAUGAAUGUCAAAGAAGCUUACAGCCAUCCAGCUUUCUAUCCAAAAGUGGACGAACGAACCGGUUUCGUUACACGGAAUAUAUUAUGUUUCCCGAUUAAGGAUAAUUCUGGAAAUAUUGUUGGUGUGGCGGAACUAUGUAAUAAAAUUGGAAAGCCUGCCUUUACGAAGCACGAUGAACAAAUUGCGAUGACAUUUGCAGUAUAUUGUGCUAUCAGUAUAUCACAUUGUCUUCUUUAUCGAAAACUUCAAGAGGCUCAUAGACGAUCACAUCUGGCUGCCGAAUUACUAAUACAGAGUUCCACGCUGUCGAUUGCACCAGAAGAUUUGUUACGAUUAACGGUAGGUGAUAUACCAACAGCGACUUCCUUUUCUCCAGAAUUCGAUGAUUUUAAUUUUCCACCACGUUCCAUAGGAUCAGGUGAUACCUAUGUUGAAGCAGCAUUGUCCAUUUUUAAGGAUCUGGGUUUCAUCCAGCGAUUUCGCUUACAGCGACAAACAUUAGCUUGUUUCUUAUUAAUGGUUCAAAAGGGUUACCGUGAUGUGCCUUAUCACAAUUGGUCUCAUGCAUUUGCAGUUGCGCAUUUUAUGUAUUUGUUAUUACGAACUGAAACAGCACACAAUGCACUCAGUGAACUAGAAAGUUUUGCGCUCCUUGUAGCAAGUUUAUGUCAUGAUAUUGACCAUCGUGGUACUACCAAUGCAUUCCAAGUACAGUCGCGAACACCACUGGCUCAAUUAUAUAGCAGUGAAGGCUCGGUGUUGGAGAGACAUCAUUUUGCUCAAACAAUAUCAAUAUUAAAUAUGGAAGAGUGCAAUAUAUUCGUUUCAUUAAAUCGACAUCAAUUUCAUUCUAUUCUGGAUCACAUAAGGGAUAUCAUUCUUGCAACCGACAUAGCUAAUCAUUUGCAGAAAGUGCAAGACAUUAAUCGAAUGGUUGAAGUUGGCUUUGAUGGUUCGAUAAAGCAUCAUCGAUAUUUACUACUAUGUCUUAUGAUGACCUCAGCUGAUCUGUCCGAUCAGACAAAAGACUUCAGAAAUAGCAAAGCAAUAGCUGAAAACAUUUAUAAGGAAUUUUUCUCGCAAGGAGAUCUAGAAAAGCAGAUGGGAAAUCGUCCAUUGGAAAUGAUGGACCGUGAUCGUGCAUGCGUGCCAAAACUGCAGCUUGAAUUCAUGGAUACAAUUGCAGUACCUGUUUUUCAGUACUUGUCAAAGCUGUUACCCGAAAGUAAAAGUACAUAUGAAUCUAUGUUGUUCAAUCGGAAAUGUUGGUUGGCACUGGAUGAAAUACUGAUCGAGGAGAAGUACCCGACUCUUGGUCUUGAUUAUCUUAAGGAUUGUUCUCUAGAAAAGCGAGUAAUCAAACGAGCCCAACAACGACACGAACAAUAA